AUGGCGAAUACGGCUCAUCUCGUCCGCCGGCAAAGCUCCCGCGAUCUCAAGCCCCAGAAAAGCGUCGAUAAGCUCGAGAUGAAAGAAAUGCGUGGUAGAUUAGUGGUGGAUAAUCGAAAGAAUGUCACCACUGCCAAUUACGGGGCCACCAAUGCGGCCUUCGAAGAUAACAGUCCUAGCAAGAGCAAAACAGGAAACGGUCCGGGCCCCGGCAAUAAUGACGGCAAAGCGACUUUCCGACCGGAAGCAGGCGAAGAUGAGCGUGAAAAUUGGGAUAGCAAACUUACAUUUCUCCUGGCGACCAUAGGAUACGCGGUGGGCCUUGGAAACGUAUGGCGGUUUCCCUAUCUGGCUCAGAAGAACGGCGGAGGUGCUUUUCUAAUUCCUUAUUUCGUGAUGUUGGCUAUCGAGGGUAUUCCUAUAUUUUAUCUGGAAUUGGCAAUCGGUCAGAGAUUGAGAAAAGGCGCCAUUGGCGUGUGGAAUCAGGUAUCCCCGUAUAUGGGCGGUAUCGGAAUCAGCAGCGCUAUAGUCUCCUUCAAUGUGGCCCUUUACUACAACACCAUUAUCGCCUGGUGUCUCUUCUACUUGGUUCAGAGUUUCCAGUCGCAGUUACCUUGGGCGGAGUGUCCGAAUAAGUACUUUCCAAAUGGAUCUUACGCGCCUGAACCCGAAUGUUUGGUCAGCAGCCCGACGCAGUAUUUCUGGUAUCGAACCACUCUAAUGAUAUCAAAGGAUAUCAAUACGCCGGAAGUGUUCAAUUGGAAAAUCGCUCUGGCGUUAGGCAUUGCCUGGAUCCUCGUCUACAUGUGUAUGAUUAAGGGUAUCACAUCCUCGGGCAAGGUUGUGUACGUAACCGCUACGUUUCCGUACAUCGUUCUAAUCAUUUUCUUCUUCCGAGGGGUGACAUUGAAGGGUAUGUCGGACGGCCUGCGGCAUCUCUUCACGCCAAAGUGGUACACAUUGACCGAUCCGGUAGUCUGGUUAGAGGCUGGAACGCAAAUCUUCUUCUCUCUAGGCCUAGCUUUCGGUGGUCUAAUAGCGUUCUCUUCGUAUAAUCCGGUAAACAAUAAUUGCUAUCGUGACGCCAUCAUGGUCAGUCUGACGAAUUGCUUCACUUCCAUGUUCGCGGGCAUCGUCGUGUUCUCGAUCAUAGGAUUCAAAGCUACCAUGGUUUAUGAACAAUGUUUAUCGGAAAGAAAUAGCACGUUAAUGAAUAUAUUCGGUCAAAUCGAUAAGAUACCAGAGGAUAUUCCGAUUAGUGGUACACUAUUGAACAUCACGAAUGGUAACGGAUCACUAGACAACUUGAUAAUGCCGGAGCUACCCGAGUGCGAUCUAGAAAAAGAGUUGGAUAAUUCGGCAGCGGGCACAGGUUUGGCUUUCAUCAUCUUCACCGAAGCGAUCAACCAAUUUCCCGGUGCUCAAUUCUGGUCAGUACUGUUUUUCUUGAUGCUGUUUACGCUGGGAAUUGAUUCUCAAUUUGGUACUCUGGAGGGUGUCGUCACCAGUAUCGUCGAUAUGAAGCUCUUCCCGAACUUAAGAAAAGAGAUUCUGACAGGUGUGAUUUGUUUAGUGUGCUGUAUGAUAUCAAUGGCCUUCGCUCAUGGAGCUGGUAGUUACGUCUUUGUGCUAUUCGAUAGCUUCAGCGGAAACUUUCCGUUGCUUAUAAUUGCUUUCUUCGAAUGUAUAGGAGUGUCCUAUGUUUAUGGUUUGAAGAGAUUUGCCGACGAUAUCGAACUGAUGACCGGCAACCGACCUGGUCUCUAUUGGCUGAUAUGUUGGAAGUAUCUCAGUCCACUGGCAAUGUUGAGUAUCUUGAUCGCGUCUUUCGUCGAAAUAUUUUUUGAAGGAAGCGGUUAUCCGGCCUGGGUGGCGAGUAAAGGCGUUACGGAGAGACACGAGUGGCCUGUUUGGGCUUUAGUUCUCAUCUCCAUUCUCAUUCUCACUUCCGUUUUAUGGAUACCCGCAGUCGCUAUUUGCAGAUAUUAUGGAAUUCUCAUCAUCGACGACAACGAAAAGGCAUGGUUUCCUGCGGCGGAUCUAAAAGAAUUUCAUGGAAUCAUGCCGCACGAGGUAACGGCGGCUGAGACACUGCUGUUUUGCAUCAGGAGCGACGGUUCUGAAGGACUAUGCUGCCCUACGGGCGGUCCUAGCGACGACGAGGACGAGGACCUCACCUAG